AUGGAUUUUCAUCGUCUCGCUGAAAUCGGCGACGUUCGCCAAUUGGCGAACCAGUUAAAUUCUACUUGCGACGAUGAUGAAAUCCAAUGGCGUCAUCAUCUCGAUCACCAAGACAAGGACGGGAAAACGUUGUUGCACAUCUGUGCCCAGUACGGACACGUAGACUGUGCCGAAUUCCUGGUGUCGCGCGGUGCGGAAGUGAAUUGCCUCAAGCGAAAUGAGUGGACUCCGGUGAUGCUCGCAUGCGCGAAAACGUCUCCGGGGCAUAGAGCAAUUGUUCGGUUCUUGGUGAAUGAAGCUGGUGCUGAUGUUUGGCUGAGAAACAAGGACGGUUGGACUUGUUUCCACGUGGCUUGUCGUUCCGGGAACCUGGACGUUGUUUCCUUCCUGCUUGACAAAUACCCCGAAAUAUGGGACACCAGGGGGAACACGGGUCGAACCCCGUUGCACUCGGCCGCCAUGGCCGGGCACCUAGAGGUCGUCCGCCGACUCUUAUCCACAUCCAGCAGCAGCAGCGGCGGCGGCACCGCCAACGCGGCGGCCGUGAACGCGAAAGACUCUUCAGGGACGCCUCCUGUUUUCGACGCUCUGCGAGGCGGACACGUGGACGUUGCCCGACUCCUGGUCUCGGCCGGCGGUGAUCUGGAUGCAAGAGACGCUCUGGGACAAAGUGUGUUGCACGCUGCUUGUCAAGCGGGUCAAGUGGACAGCGUGGCAUUUUUGUUGCGAGAGGCUGACGUUGUUGGACGAGGGAUGUUGAAUGCGCAGACUGCGAAAUUCCGUCUCACUGCGUUGCAUUUGGCUGCCAAGGAACGGUUCCCGAGAGUGGUUGGACUUUUGAUGGACGCCGGGGCUGAUGACUCGGUAGAGGACUUUCGCGGCCGCCGACCAGCACUGGUGUGA